AAGAAUGCUCCAAACCGAAUCAAGAAAAUGGAUCCAAAAACGUUGUUUUGUUUACCAGAAGGAGAUGCCUUGUUUAAUCCACUCAACACCAUGUUUAUUCAAAUGGCUUGCAUUCUCGUCUUCUCUCAGUUCUUCUAUCUCUUCCUUAAACCCUGUGGCCAAGCCGGUCCCGUUGCUCAGAUUCUCGCAGGGAUUGUGUUGAGUUUGCUCACAAUAAUCCAAAAAGUUCACGACUUCUUUCUACAAAAAGAGUCAGCAAGCUACUACAUAUUUUUCUCGUUCCUUUUACGAACAUGUUUCAUGUUCUUGAUCGGUCUCGAACUCGAUCUUGACUUUAUAAAACGAAACUUGAAAAACUCCAUUCUCAUAACCUUUGGCACAUUACUAUCUUGUGGAAUAAUCUGGAUCCCUUUCCUGUGGUUCCUCGUCCACUUCCUUCACAUCAAACAAGACUUCUUAACGUUUUACCUAGCCUUCCUCGUUACCUUAUCCAACACGGCAUCUCCUGUAGUCAUCCGCUCGAUCAUCGAUUGGAAACUCCACACGUCCGAGAUCGGACGGCUAGCAAUCUCCUGCGGAUUGUUCAUCGAGAUAACCAACAUAUUCGUUUACACCUUUGUCAUCUCUUACAUCUCAGGGACAAUGAGUGGCGAUAUCUUUGGCUACAUAUUCGCCACAGGAGUUAUCAUACUGAUCAAUAGAUUCUUAGCUGCAUGGCUCCCGAAACGAAACCCUAAAGAGAAGUACCUCUCUAAAGCUGAAACGCUCGCAUUCUUCAUACUUAUUUUAAUAAUCGCGGCGACCAUCGAGUCCAGCAACAUAAACUCCACGGUGUUCGUGUUUUUCAUCGGAUUGUUGUUUCCGAGAGAAGGCAAGACUUACAGAACGUUGAUCAACCGGCUGAGUUACCCUAUUCACGAGUUUGUUCUUCCGGUUUACUUCGGUUAUAUUGGGUUUAGAUUCAGCGUCAGCUCGUUAACCAGACGCCAUUACCUGGUUCUUGGUAUGACGGUGGCUCUAAGCAUCAUAGGGAAGCUUCUUGGAGUUUUAUUCGCUUGUUCUUUCCUUAAGAUCCCAAAGAAGUAUUGGCUUUUCUUGUCUACUGUUCUGUCCGUAAAAGGUCACAUGGGUCUGGUUCUCCUGGACUCUAACUUGGCUUACAAGAAAUGGUUUACUCCGGUCAUACAUGAUAUGUUCGUUGCGUCAUUGGUGAUCACGACUUUGUUGAGCGGAGUACUAUCGUCAUUGUUACUUUGGACGCAAGAAAAGGGUUUCUCCCACCAAAAAACAUCGCUUGAGUUCCACGACACCAAAGACGAGCUACGAGUGUUGACUUGCGUCUACGGUGUGCGUCAAGCUCGUGGACUAAUCUCUUUAGUCUCUGCUCUACACGGAGCGUCUUCUUCUCUCUUCACGCCUUAUCUCAUGCACCUCAUACCCCUCCCGAAGAAGCGGAAAACUGAGCUGUUGUACCACGAGCUAGACGAAGAUGGAGUGAACGCCAUCGGCGGAGACGAUGAGUUUGGGACCAACGAAGGACUGGAGAUCAAUGACUCGAUAGAUUCUUUCACUAGAGACAGAAAGAUCAUGAUCCGGCAAGUGAAACUCGUGGCGCAGAUGGAGAACAUGCACGAAGAGAUCUGUGAUGGUACCGAAGAUCUUCGCGUUUCGAUAGUAUUUCUUCCUUUCCAUAAACACCAGAGGAUCGAUGGGAAAACUACAAACGACGGGGAAGUGUUUAGGGAUAUGAACAGGAAGGUUCUAAAGCAAGCACCGUGUUCGGUCGGAAUCUUUGUGGAUAGAAACAUAACCGGGUUUCAUCAGCUUCACGGGUUUGAAUCGGUACAACACGUUGCUGCAUUGUUCUUUGGUGGUCCUGAUGAUCGUGAGGCUCUUUCGUUGUGUCAUUGGCUUACUAGUAACUCUCAGAUUCAUCUCACUAUCAUACAGUUUGUUGCGGAUGACUCAAAGGUGGAGAAAGUUGUUGGAGACACGGUGACUAAAGAAAACAAUGAUGUGUUAUUGGAGAUUGUUGGUGAAGAUCACACCAAAGAUGAAAUUGAUCGAAUUUUCUUAGAAGAAUUUUACAACAGAUUUGUAACGACGGGGCAAGUUGGAUUCAUAGAGAAGCGAGUAAGCAACGGAACACAAACACUAACGAUCUUGAGAGAGAUAGGAGAGAUGUAUUCACUGUUUGUAGUAGGAAAAAACAGAGGAGAUAGCCCAAUGACGUCGGGGAUGAACGAUUGGGAAGAGUGUCCGGAGCUAGGAACGGUCGGAGAUUUCUUGGCUUCAUCGAAUAUGGAUGUAAAUGCUUCUGUAUUAGUAGUUCAAAGAUAUAGACAGUCUUUUGAUAGCUUUGUAGAUGAAUAACAAACAUUCUUUAGUUUUAUACACCAGUACUUCCAGUUUAUUAGAUUUUUUUUUUUGCAUCAUCACGAUUUCGAAACACAUGAACAGAAGAGUAUAUAAGCUUAAUAUUUAAAUUUUAAAGGCUAAUUCAAGACCGACAUCACCACUGUUACACCAUUUUCAAUGUCUAAUUUUUACUCAAUCCAUUUCAUAUUAAUUGUCACAAAAUUAUAUAGUAAACUAAUAUAUCCUUAUUUAAUGUAGGAUUAAUUAACUGAAAGUUGUUUAAAUAAAAGCUUAUUGGUUAUUCAAAGAGGUAAAAAAAUAAAUUUAAUGCAUAAAAUUACAUUGGAAUUAUAGAAUGAUAUUUAUUUUGAAACAAAAAAAAUAAACAUAAAAUGAAAUUUAUUAUGAAACAGAAGAAUUAUUUACUUCUGAAAAAAAUGAACGUAUUUUUUAUUGUUGCAUAUCAAGAAAAAAUAAUUCAUAUGUAUAGGUUUGUUUAUAAAAUGCAAGGUUGUUUUCACUGGAGAUUUAAGCAUUGAGUAAAUUUCCUUUGCACUUGCGCAGUAAAUGAAGAAGGUCUAUGGAAACCAGACCCAAAAAAGUAAAUAAUAAUGUUUAUUUAUUUGAGAAUUAUAGGUUAAUGGGCUUAGUUAUUGGGCCUAAUUUGUCCCAGGUCCGAUACGGAUCGGAUAACGAGAGUAGCCUAGUCUUACAUUAAAUGAGUAUAAACCAAAGGGAGAAAAUCGUAAAUUUCACUAAGCUCCAUUUCAAAAUCUAUAGAAGCGGACUCGUCGCUGCUUUGGCCUAUCGGGAAAGUUGCAACGGUAAAACUCUCUCGUCGAGUCCUCAGGAAAGAGCAAGCGGAAGAUCUGGAGAUUUAAAGGAGAAUGGCGUUCGCUAAGGCACCACGGCUAAGUAAAGAUGAUAUCUUUGGAAAUCGAGCGGUGACAAGGAGUUUCAAAUUCUAUUCAGAUAAUCAAAAGACUGAUCCAGCUUGUAAAGUAGCUGUUGCAAACAAGACUCGUGUUCCUUUAAGG